UAUCAAUCACAUUUAAUCAGAAAUUUCGCUUGAUAUUCAUGGCAGUGAACCAAAAUUUCUGCACGUUUUUGUUAUUUAUACUUUUGCCAGCGAUUCAUGGUGACUUUGAAAACUCAGUGCUUGACGAGCACAAUCGUUAUAGGGCGAAACACAAUACUCCUAAAUUGACGUUGAACGCUGAUCUGAGCUCAGGCUGUGCUUCGUAUGCUAAAGAAAUUGCGGCUAAGAACAGUCUUGACCAUUCAAUUGGCAAUUAUGGGGAGAAUCUAUGUGUGAGAUCUUCUAAUCCGGUAGAAUGUGUGAAAAUGUGGUACGACGAAAUGAAGGACUACGAUUUCAAGAAACCCAAAUUUUCUUCGGCCACUGGUCAUUUUACUCAAAUGCUUUGGAGAAGCUCCAAAGAGAUGGGGGUUGGCAAGGCCAAGAGUUCAGGUGGAUUAAUCUACGUGGUUGCCAGAUAUAAACCGGCCGGAAAUGUCGUGGGAAAAUUUAAAGAAAACGUGCUGCCCCUAGGUGGCACGAAGCCCGAAUGUUCCUACUUGAUAAUGUUAUUGUGGGUGAUCUUGUUCUUAUUCAAAUAAUAAUGAGUUAUCGCUUGUCCUCUUAUAUUUCCUGCCGAUCAGAUUAAUUCGAAUUUUGAAAUGUUACUUUAUAUGUGAUGUGAUGAUUCUAAUAUUAUUAAAUCGUAA